AUGUCAGUCCUUGUGCCGCCUAUGCUUCGAACGAGGAAGAGCGGCAGGCGCAAUUCGGACCCUUACAAGCUCAGCAGCGCUCUGCAGAGUAGCCAGCCGAUGCAGCUCGGCAGGCACGAGAAGCCCAGCGGUGAGCAGCUUGUUGGCGGCACCAAGCGCUUCGUGAUUGUUCGCAACCUCACCCCGGACGCCAAGAGUUAUGCCUGGUUCCGGCGCUUCCCGGCCUCGGACCGAAUGAAGACAGCCACAGUGCAUGGUCACAAGGGCGGCCCACGCUGGGCGGCCCUGGAAUGCGCUUCGGAAGAGGACGCCAUGCGCCUUGCCAAGGAGGUCGCUGCAUUCGAGGUGCCGGCCGAGGCUUCCGGGCCAUUCCAGGUUGAGACAGCAGUUCGCACUGCAGUCGAGAAAGAGGAGAAGCUGAAUAAAGAGAGGGAGCUGAGAGGCCCCGGGAUCACGGCCACGGCGGCCACGGCGGCCACGGUGGCCAUGACAGAAGGCCUGAGAGGCGAGACGAUCGCAAAGAGGAGCGGCGUGAAGAUCGCCGCGAAGAGCGCAGGGAUGAUAGACAGGAGCGCCGGGAUGACCGACGGGAAGAUCGUCGGGAGGAACGUCGGGAUGAUCGUCGAGAUGACCGCAGAGACGACCGGCGAGACGAGCGCCGCGAAGAUCGCCGAGAUGACCGGCGAGAGGAGCGGAGGGACGAGCGGCGAGACGACGGGCGAGACGACCGGCGAGAUGAUCGGCGAGAUCAGAGGGAACACCGUGAUGACCGCCAGCAGCGUACCGUUCGCUUGGAAGAUCGGCGUGAUGACAGGCGUGACGAUCGCAGAUACGAGCGAAGAGAAGAUCGAGCAUAUGAAAGAGAUGAGAGGAGAGAUGAACGUCAAGGUGACCGCAGAGGUGAUCGCAGAGAGGAGCGGUACGCGGAUCGUGAUGACAGGUAUGGACGACAGGAGCAGCGCUGGGACAAUCGUCAGGAGUAUUACCGACGAGAUCCCGCGAAAGAGCAGCAGGGCUCCAGGAACUAUGACGAUGGAUCUCAUCACGGUCGGCAAGACGGACGCGAAGUCAGACGCGAUGAUCGGCGAGAUGACCGACGGGACGACCGUGGGCACGAACGCCGAGAUGAUCGGAGGUAUGAAGAGAGACGUGACGACCGGCGGGGAGCGCCCCCGCGAAGAGCGCUGGUCAGAGGCCGAUGUUUGGGACCCGUUCUCGGAGCUGGGGCCCUGGCACAGGUCGAGCCCAAGCGCAAGACAGGCCGGCAUAGCGGAGCUUGACUUGGGGAUUUUCAAUCAGGAGGCGCUGCGCUUCCUGUGGCUCAUGACCUUUCCAGCCAUUCUGACAGUGCAAGAUCGGGACAUCUUCAUGGCAACAAGUGAGCAGCAUUUUGUUCUGUCGAGUAUUGAACGGUGCACGCGCUUGCAGCUAGAUGCAGCUAUCGUCGACCGGAGCGACGGCGAGGCUCUUCCAGGCCAGCUCGCCAUCCAGAACCACUCGAGUGCACCGCAGCCAUCGAUUGCGCCGGCACUAAGGGAUAUCGACCGGACACGCAGGGAGCAGGCUCGGUCCGAGGCUGAAAAGAAGGCUGUUGCCGCGGAGCAAGCAUCGCUGGAAAAGCAAAAGGAGGCUUCCCGCUUCUUCAAGUUUCUGCGACAGCAGAUGCAGAAGCCAGAAGCCAUGCAGAGAUGCGGCGGCGUGCCGUCAGAGGCCAUUCGAGCAAACGAGCGGCUGCAAAAUGCCAAGAGGAAAGCCGAAGAGGUCGGCCUGGCAUUGCAGGAGCAACAGAAGCGGGCCAAGGCUUUGUACGACGAAGCCCAGGCGAAGAUGAAGGAGGCCGAGCUGGCCGAGCAGGCGUCCUUGGAGGCCAGCGGGGCAGCGGAGCGCUACAAGGUCAUAGGCAUGGUACCAGACGACACUCUUUCGAAGAACCAGGGUGCGGCCACUGUGCAGGACUACUCUGCGCAAGCCGACCGGGACGCACAGCAAGCUUCCAUGGAGGCUGCCAGGCUCGCCAAAGAUGCUGCCGUGGCCAAGCAGGAGGACGUCUUGCUCCGCCCUGCUGAGCAAAACAGCUCCAUGUGCAAGGGCAGCAAUCUUGCUCCCAGCUAUCCUCCCGCAGCUUCUGAAGAAGCCUUCAAGCUGGGCAGCCAGGACGACGACAACCGCCCGCUCAGGUCCAAAGGCCUUUUGCCCGCCAUUGGCGUGGGCGCCGCCGUCUACUGGAUCACUGGAAUCGCAUCCAUGACCACCCUGGGCCUGGUUGGGAUUGGUGCUGGAGUUGGGUAUGGCGUCGGCAGCUGGAUCGCCGACAAGAUGCAGAAGAAAGGAGACGGCCAGAACAAAGUGCAGAUGGAUCAGCUUCCAUGGGCGGUCCAGGUCGCGCUCCAGCACUGGCAGGAGUUUGUGACACGCCAGGCUGCUGGCAGGCAACUGACCCCAGCUGAUGUGGACGCCAUUUGGGCCCAGUUCGAGCAGUACGAGCCAACGCAUGCUGCCAAUGCCCGCGCACUGGUGCGCGGAUCCGGUGCUGCGUCCAGCAGCAGCUCGCAGGGCCCUGCGUCCUUCAGCAGCGGCACAGGGCCGACCUUCGUUGCCACACAGGCGGCCGAGGUUUGA